GUUUGUUUUAACUUGUCAGAUAAUUUGCUCCGUAGCUCAUGUGCUAAUUAAAAUAAUAAAAAAUGAGUAGGAGUUAUCGCUUGUAAUGGAUCGUGAUACAUCAGGCGGGCCUGUACUGAAAGACACAGCUUUAUCCUCCGAAAAGAGAAGAUAUUCAGUUCAAAAUGCUGCUGGGCCAGCAGGACCUGUUGUAGAGAGAGCGACCUCAACACAAAGAAUCAGUCCGCGCGCGACGCCAUAUUUAAGUGUACCGACCUCAACUGACGUAUCACCUCCAGGGCAUCUCCCGAGAGCAUCUAUUGCAUGCAACUAUCCCAGCGUUUGGAGAACACACAAUGACGGAAGAGUGUUAAGAACUUCUACAACAGUUCCUUUGAGUAUUCAAGCUCAGCUUCAGCAAAAUCAGUCUGUGAAAUCUGAAAGGCCAUCAUUAGUACUACCCACUGUGCAAACGGGCAUAGGAAAAGGCACUCCUGUAUCUCAGCCAACACCCAAGUUGUCCAUUAGUAAAAAUCCUGAGGCAGAAUCAGAUCAAACAAAGAAGCUUGGUCGUUUGCCGAAAUCAUUUCGAUGUGAAUGUUGCCAACAAGUUACAGUAACCAGAACAACAUAUCAAAUCGGUGCUUUAACAUGGCUUAUGGCAGCCUUUAUUUUUCUCUGCGGUGGGAUUUUAGGCUGCUUUCUUAUACCAUUUUUUGUGGAUUGUUGCAAAGAUGUCAAACAUGUUUGCCCAUUCUGCGGUACUGAAAUCGGUGUGGUUAAAUGUAUUUAAAUAUGGUGAUAAGAAUCAAAAGAGGAGUAAAAUGAAAUAAAAUAAAAUACCUACAUAUCUAUGUUUGUAAUAUUAUUCAUAUAAAUGUUUAAGUCUUGAUUAUAGUUGUCUUAUGUCUAAUGAAAAAUAAAAAAAUAAUUGAAUACAUUAUCUCUAAAAUCAGCCAUUUUCAGUUGUGUCUUUUCAAACCAGAGAAUCUUUCAUACAACCUUCGUUUUUUUAUUUUUCUCAUACAUACAAAAUGAUUUGGAAAAUGUUGACCAGCUACAACAAGUACUGUAGCAAAGUUUGUUACAUAUCCAACGAACUUUUCCCUUGCCUUUUUGUUUCAGUUCAUUAUUUUAUUAUUUUUGAAUGUCAUUUACAUUAUUUAUUGGGUAAUAUGCUGUUAAAUAUGCUUAAAACACAAAACUAUAUUUUUAAUCGAAUGGUUAAAGAUAACCUUUUAUUUUUAAAACAUGAAGUAAUAUUAAAAGAAAUACAAUUAACAAUACAUUCAAUUCCUAUUUUCUAUUUCUCAAGUUUUCUUAAUUAUGAUCAAAAAACUUAUCAAACUUUUUCUACUCAUUUAUUUUCAUUUAUGUAUCUGUAUUUCUUUCUAUUCUUUUGCUUACCAUUUAAUCAGUGCAAGUUGAACGUAAAAACACACUGUUUUCUCAGAUAAAAUCGGAAUUAUCGGUAAAAUAAUUAAUUAAAUAUACUCUGUUUUCUAUC